AUGGACUCCAUCUUCAAGCAAGUUGGCGCUCACGUCGAGGGGCUGAGCCAGCAAGUAGGCGCCUCCAUCGAGUCGGCCUUUGGCGGCGCGAACAAGCAAGAUGUCCAAUCCAACACCGAAGCCGACCCUCAGUCAGCAACCCAGGGUACGAACCGUUUCGGCUCCUUCGCUCCGCAAGUAUCCGGCAACUGCAAGUGGUAUGUUGACGGAGCUUCUUAUUUCUGGGCUGUGUCUGAGGCGCUUGAGAAGGCCCAGGAGAGCAUCAUGAUCCUGGAUUGGUGGCUGAGCCCCGAGCUCUAUCUGCGCCGCCCCCCUUCCAAGUACGAGUCGUAUCGCCUGGAUGUAAUGCUCAAGGCCGCUGCCGAACGAGGAGUCAAGGUCUAUGUAAUCGUAUAUAAGGAAGUGCAAGCCGCCCUCACACUUGAUUCUGAGCAUACUCGACGUGCGCUCGAAGCCCUGCAUCCCAAUGUCAAAGUCUUCAGGCACCCAGAUCACCUCCCUACAGGUUACGACUUGACCAAAGAAUUGGGCAAAUCCCUAAAGGCCCUCACCCAAUUUGACCUUGCCCGAGCUUCUGGAGAUGCUGUAAAGGCUGUCUACGGUACUGGUGACGGAAUCGUUCUCUAUUGGGCCCAUCAUGAGAAGCUCCUUGUCAUUGAUCGUAAGCUUGCUUUCAUGGGCGGCUUGGACAUGUGCUUUGGGAGAUGGGACACCAGUUCGCACCCCAUUUCGGACGUCAAGCCAGGCGACCUCUCUGGCAUAAUCUUCCCUGGACAAGACUACAACAACGCAAGGGUGUACGACUUUGCAGAUGUCAAAGACUGGGAGGUAAACCAGCUGGAUAGGACGAAAAGCUCCCGUAUGGGUUGGUCCGAUGUUGCCUUGAGCAUGAAUGGACAGAUUGUGCCCAAUCUCGUGAGCCACUUCGUUCAUAGAUGGAACUUCAUCUAUGCAACGAAAUACAAGAACAAGAACCCUGGAAAAUACUCGAAGCUGGAAGUUCAUUCACAGGCUCCAGACAGCCACCAAGAGAGAAAAGAGCAUGUCUACGAUGACUACCUUGGUGGUCUCACAGAUCAGUUCAACCGACUGAGCAACUUCAUGUCUCACGAUGAGACGCACCACCACGGUCAACAAAAGUCGCAUCGUGGUGAAUUACCACGUAUUCAGCUGGUCCGAAGCUGUUCCGAGUGGAGUGCAGGACUCCCAACAGAGCACUCCAUCCAAAACGCCUACGUCAGCGCCAUAAAAGCCGCCCAAUCUUUUUGUUAUAUUGAGAACCAGUUCUUUAUCACGGCAACAGAUAGCACAACGCGUGUGAAGAAUCAAAUUGGUGCUGCCAUUGUCGAGAGAAUCGUGCGUGCGUUCAACGAGGGCCAGCGUUUCAAGGUCAUUGUCUUGAUGCCCUCAGUUCCAGCAUUCGCCGGGGAUCUACAGAGCGAGGGGGCCCUUGGAACACGCGCCAUAAUGGAGUUCCAAUACAAUUCUAUCUCUCGUGGCAAAUCCAGCAUCAUCGAGAAGUUGAAAGCCGCCGGGAUUCAGGACCCCAGAAGCUAUAUCGAGUUCUACAACCUGCGCUCAUUCGACAGAAUCAACACGUCCAGGACCAUGGAAGAUGCUCAAUCUCGAGCCGGUGUGUCGUAUGAAGAUGCGAGAAAAGAAUAUGAAGACCACAUUGACCGCCGGCUUGACAGCUUGUCUCAGGACAAUACGGACCAUUACGACAGAUACCGACGCGAAGCUGCCCAAGUGAAAGACGUCACGCUCGAUACCAUCACUUCCGUUUAUAUGGACGGCGGGCCAAAUGUUACCGAGCUAACUUGGGACGGUAACCCAGAGGAUGAGAUCAACGCCUUCGUCAGCGAGCAGCUCUAUAUCCACACCAAGCUCUUAAUAGUAGACGAUAGCCUUGUUAUUUGCGGCAGCGCAAACCUGAAUGACCGUUCCCAGUUGGGAAGUCACGACUCAGAAAUAGCAGUCGUCAUCGAGGAUCGAUAUAAUACUGUGGACUCUUUCAUGGACGGUCAACCCUUUAAGGCCUCACGUUUCGCCGCCUCCCUGCGUCGAUACCUUUUCCGCAAGCAUCUUGGUCUCAUUCCAGACCAGCAUCCCGAUCGCCCUGAUUCGAACUGGACACCUGUUGAUGUCUCCCCCAAUCAUUAUGACUGGGGCUCGCCGGCUGACCAGCUCGUUGUUGAUCCACUCUCGUCCAACUUCCAGAACCUCUGGAGACGCACGGCUCAAUCGAACACUGAAAUCUUCAGCCGUGCUUUCCACCCUGUGCCUAAUGAUCUGGUGCGCACUUGGGAGGCCUACGACAAGUUCUUCACUGAUAAAUUCAUCAUCCCUGGCAAGAAGGAAGAGACGAAGAAAAAGGAGGAUGAAGACGUCAAGGAGGGAAAGGUGGAAUACGGCCAUAUAGUCCGCAGCGAAUUCCCCGGCGGUGUCCAGGAAGUCAAGGAAUGGCUAGGCGGUAUCCGCGGCACACUUGUCGAGAUGCCGCUCGACUUCCUCAUUGAUGUCGAUGACAUUGCAAAGGAGGGACUGAGUCUUAACAGUCUCACAGAUGAGCUCUACACCUGA